AUGCCUAAAAAAACCAAGCAAGCCGCAGUUGGCGGCUCACAGAGAAAGGCCGCGGCCGCUGGCAAGUCGCCUGUCGGCAAGGCGCCCGUGUCCAUGUCGCCGCCCGCGCAGCUCAUGGAUCUCGUUGAGAAUUUCCUCUCCGAGCACGACUUCGCCGACGCCCAUAGCGCAUUCACCAAACAGCGGGCCAAGAAAGGCUGGAACAGGGACGAAAGUAAGACGGCCAAUGCUGGAAACCAUUCCCUUGUCUCCGUCUUCAAGACCUGGGAGACCUCUCUGAGCAACCCGGCCGACGGAGCGGGCAUCAAGGCUGCUGUCGAGCACGUUACCAAAGUUAGCAGCAGCAGUGACGAGACUAGUAGCAGCAGCAGUGAUUCGGAGUCUUCAGAGAGCGAGGACGAGGAGGACGCCGAUGUCGAAAUGGAGGAUGCCGGGGCAGAAGCGUCGAGCUCAGAGUCCAGCAGCAGCAGCGAGGACAGCGAAAGUGAGAGUGAGAGUGAGGAUGACAGCGAGGAGGAGGAAAAGACGGCAAAGCCAGCUGCCAAUCCCUUGAAGCGCAAGGCUGCGUCUCAGAGCAGCGACUCAUCAGACUCCGAAUCUUCCGAUUCCAGCUCCGAUGAGGAGCCCCCGGCCGCCAAGAAGCAGAAAAUCGCCGUUACCACAGCGCAAAGCGAGUCAUCAUCCGAGCCGUCUUCCGAAUCAUCUUCUGAGUCCUCCGACUCCGACUCCGACUCCGACUCUGAGUCUGAGUCGGAGACCGGCAAUGCCAAGGUAAUCAAGAAGCCGACUGGGACGACGAAGGAGAGCGCAUCCUCCGGAUCGUCAUCGUCGUCCUCUGAAUCUGAAUCAAAGUCAGAGUCCGAAUCCGAGUCUGAAUCCGAGUCCGAAGGUGAAGACGAAGUCGAGGAGGCGGCGAAGGUUCCCCUUCCCGAGUCUGAUGCCAACUCAUCCAGCGACGACGCAUCCUCCUCUUCGACCGACUCCGAUUCAUCUUCCGAUUCUGACUCCGAGGCUGAGACCGAGACCAAAAACAAGACCAAAGACACCAAGUCGACGUCGCCGGUAACCACCGGCAACCACUCCUCCUCGGACAGCUCUGCCACGCUUGACAAGACCUCGCCCAAACUCUAUCCCGUCGACAAGUUCGCACCGCUUCCGCCCGACCCGGCGACGGUCAAGGCCAACAACCGCGGCAAGAACAACAACAACAACGGCAAUGGCAAUGGCAAGACGGUAACCACGCCCUUCUCCCGCGUCAACCGCAACAUCCAAGUCGACCCGCGCUUCGCCUCCAAUGCCUUCCAGGGCCAUGACUGGGGCCGCAAGGCCCAUGAGGACCUGGCUGUCACGCGUGGCAAGGGCUUUACCAAGGAGAAGAACAAGAAAAAGAGGGGCAGCUAUCGCGGCGGACGCAUCGAUACCAACGCCGUGGGCGGCAUCAAGUUUGAGGACUAG